GAGCAUCCUCGCAGUUUGUGGGGUCCAGAUGCGUUGUUAUUAAUUUUUUUUUUCUGGGCUGUAGAGAUAACACCUUUGUAUCCCUGGUCGUCGCUCCUAGUUUGUCCCCAUAAAUUACCUGCCAGCAAACAAUUACUCAUCGUGCCCCCUGUUGGGGGGUCUCCAUUGAUAUGCUAAGCUUUCCAACGACAAGAAUUUAAUUACUGACGUGGAAAAUCCUCCCUUCUUUCUAAAAGAGCGUCGGUGGUUAAAGGGUCUGUUUCGCGAAGUACUCCUUCACUGCUUGCCUCGUCUUUGGCUGCGGUACCUGCCGGAGUUGCAGCAGGUUUUGAAGUAUGCCUUCUUCUGCUGUAAGUUUUCACAAAGUGCUCCGUCCGGCCGACAGAAAGACACUAUUCACCAUUGACAGCAUCCUCGGACUGGACAGAAAAGAGGAAAGUUCUCCUACUAAACCGUACAGACCAUGGACAGAUGGAGAGAGAAUACAGCAACAAGAUGCUCUCUCCAUUGCCCCUGGCCUCUGGGUGAUGCCAGAGGUCCAAACGAAAGAAGAGAGGAGCAGCAGCAAGCAGAACUGCAAAGACUCAUACAGGAGAACCUUGAACUGGUAUAUUGGCCGCAGACCCAGGACUGCGUUCAGUGGCAGACAGAUCGAAGUACUGGAGAGUGUGUUCCAGGUCAACUCCUAUCCAGGCAUAGACGUGCGGGAAGAGCUGGCUCAGAAACUGGACCUGGACGAGGACAGAAUACAGAUCUGGUUUCAGAAUCGCCGUGCCAAACUGAAACGAUCACACAGGGAAUCACAGUUAAUAGUGGUGAAGAAAGUCUUCACUGAUCUACAGAAGCAAGCAGAGCACUGAGUAUCAGUCCCUUCUCAGGAAUAGCUGGCUUAAUAUGAGGCUGAAUAAAUAGCAUGUUAUUACACUAAACGUGAGUCAUCUACGUAUUCUGUGUGGUACCUACAACUUGUACUGCUAAUCUGUGGACAGUACAUUCUGGAAUAAGUCCUGUAAAAUAUUUUAUUGUGUAUAUUUCAGUGCUCUUGUAAAUAAGUUACUGUUGUUAAAAUAAAGUGAUGUAUGCCCUAUCAUUCACGGAUACUUCUUGCUGUUCUCUGCUAAAUAACUGAAGGCAGUAAGUAGGAUAUUUGAGCCUUGCGAGUAAAAUGAAAUGUCUAUGUAUGACACAAGAUUGCAGGGUGGCUAAAUCCAUAAAGAUUUAUGAUCUCUUUAAAAACCAAGUAAAUUUUUAGUAAUUUGCUUAAUUUUAGCUGAUGACUCUCAUGGAAAGUAAAGUUGAAUAAUAUCUGUAGAACAUUUAAAGGUGAAUAUCUUAAAAGUGAUGUUAUGUAAAGUUUAUGAAUACCCAGAAUGGUUUUCUUUUAAAAUACACUGACAAGCUUUUGCAGUGAUCAGCAAAUUAAUUCAGUUUUCUGGUCACAGAUGUGGUAUUAAGUUUGAUUACUGUAGAUAUAGUGAUCCAAAAACUUAUGUCCAAUUUUUUUGAGACAGAGGGAAAUAUUAUCUUCUCCUAAUGUACAUCAGGUAUUAACCA